CACUUUUUGCAAUCAAAUUUAUCUAUGACGAUUUUUUUAUCCGCAUUCGUACAAUCAAUCCGAGGUCAAAGAUGAACUAAUUUUUUUUUUUAUUUUUAGCGGUAAAAUUUGUUGAUCAGAUAAUGGAAAUUGUAAUUUAGAUCUUUCAUCGUCAUAUCAGCAAUAUCAGCAAUAUCGAAGAUCUAACACUCAUAUACUUCAAUAAUAAGAUCUGAUUAAUCCCAAGAUAUACCUGGAAUAAGAAAUACUGAAGCAAUCAUGUCGAUACAAGGAAUUUCACCGCUUUCAAUCCCCACUAAAUCAUUAUUAAAAAAACCAAUAGGAUCGAUUCCAUUAGCGAUUAUCUUAAAAUUGAAUGAAUUAUUAAAGAAAUCAGUAUUGUCAAGGAAAUUCUAUCAAGAGAUUAAUGAUAAAGUGUUGAGCAAAUCAUCUACUGUCGAUGCUAAUUUAUAUUUCAUUUGUUAUUUUACAUUAUUGAUAUCAGCCGUUUUAAAUAAUCAAUAUAAAAUCAAACAUUGGUUGAAAUUACAAAGAUUUAACUUAUUGAAUGUCAUUAAACGAGUAUUAUUGAACUAUUUGAAUAUCGAUUUAUCAUCAUCAACGAAUUCUCCUAAUAAAUUCUUGAUUAAUCUUUUUAAUGCUCCAAAACCAACUUUUGAUGAAAAGGAAGCUUCAAAACCUUCACCUAUCGGUAAACAUUUCAAAGCUGUAUCGUCAUAUUUAUCAGAUAUAAGAAUCUUCAAUAGAUUAACCGAAUCAAUCAAAUAUGCUCCAUGGAUAAUAGAUGAAUUCACCGCCAUGACUGAUCCUACCAAUAUCACACCAAAAUCAAAUCGUAUUAUAAAUUUCUUACAAUCGAUUAAUUGUUUAGUAUUGGAAUUAUUAGAAAAUGCCGGUUGGAUAACUGAUCAUAAUUGGGUAGGCACAAAUGAUAAUGAUUGGUGGUCCUUUGAGACCUAUAUUUGGUGUUCAAGAAUUUGGGGACUUUAUUUAGUAAUUGAAAUUGUUGAAUUAUUUAGAAGAACUCCAAUACUGGAAUGGUCUAAUACAAAUUGGAAGAUUGCUGUAUUCAAACAAGUCAUUCAAGUUCCUCUUGUGUUACAUUGGUCCUUACGUGAAGGUUGUUUAUCUCCAUUUUGGGUUGGUGUUUGUGGUUCUGGAGCUUCUUGGUGGGGUUUCAGAGAUAUUUGGUCUUCAAUUGAUUUGAGCUAAAUUGAUAUCAAACAUUUUUUACUUCAAUUUAUUUAUUUAUUUAUUAUUUAUUUUUCAUACAAAAUACAAUAUACAAUAGUAUGUGCAACACUACACUAGAAACCCUACUUAAUCUCUAUAACGUUCGCUAUCUUCUUUAGCAGCUUUUCUUUCCAUUUCAUCCCAAUCUUCUCCGGCACUAUCUUCUCCACUAACAUCAUCUCCACUACCACUA